CUUGUAUUCAUUCCGCGGUAUUGGCAGAAAGCUGAGCGGAGCGCUCGGCUGAUCUUUGUACUGUGCUCAUGGCUUCAGGCGCUUUAAAGCUUCUUUCACCGUGGCGAAUUAUCAGAUUGACCAGGAUCCCUUGUGUUCAUCUGCACACCACUGGAGCAUCAAUGGGGGCAACGUUAGAGGACUUUAAUCGUGCAAAGGAUCAGCUGGGUACACUGAAAAAGGACCCAGGCAAUGAGGUCAAACUCAAGAUCUAUGCCCUCUUUAAACAGGCCACACAGGGGCCUUGUAACACUUCUAAACCAGGAAUGCUGGACUUUGUGAAUAAAGCAAAGUGGGAUGCCUGGAAGUCUUUGGGAUCUGUGUCACAGGACGAGGCCCGGCAGCAGUAUGUUGACCUCAUCUCAUCCCUGCUGGCUGCUGAAGGCCCUGCAGUAGCUGCAUCACCAACGGGAGGUGCGAAAGCCUAUGAAACGCUGAUAGUCACCACAGAAGAUGGCAUCGCUACCAUUCGACUCAACCGACCACAGAAGAAAAAUGCCAUUACUUUGGAGAUGUAUAAUGAACUGAUGGAUGCUCUGGAUGUUGCUGGAAAGGACGACUCGGUCAUUACAGUCAUCACAGGCAGUGGUAACUACUACUGCAGUGGCAAUGACCUGAACAACUUCACUAAAAUCCCAGAAGGCGGUGUUGACAAGAUGGCCAAGGAUGCUGGGGAUUUGCUCCUGAGGUAUGUGAAAGCCUACAUUGACUUCCCGAAACCUCUGAUCGCUGUUGUAAAUGGACCAGCUGUGGGCAUCUCUGUCACUGUACUUGGACUUUUUGAUGUUGUCUAUGCCACAGAAAGUGCAACAUUUCACACCCCCUUCAGCCAGCUGGGACAGAGUCCUGAGGGCUGUUCCUCCUACACCUUCCCUACAAUUAUGGGUCCUGCAAAGGCCGCUGAAGUGCUGCUGUUUAAUAAGAAGCUGACUGCAACACAGGCAUGUGAACUGGGACUAGUGACUGAAGUCUUUCCUGACAGCAGUUUUCAGUCAGAGGUCUGGACCAGACUUAAGGCCUAUGCCAAACUGCCCCCAAAAUCUCUAGCUCUGUCCAAGCAGCUGAUCCGAGGGGUAGAAAAGGAUCAACUCCAUGCUGUGAACGUGACCGAAGUGGAGAGGCUGAAAGAGCGCUGGGUGUCCGAUGAGUGCAUGCAGGCUAUCAUGAGCUUCUUCCAGGGCAAGUCCAAACUGUGACGAAGUCAAAUGCUAGAGACAGGUCAUGGGCUGAUUUCCGUCUUCAUGUGAUAGUAUUUCAGAUAAAUGUAAAAAAAAAAAACUAACAUCAAGUUUAAGGUAAGGUAGGAUGGUCUUGAUGUCUUUAGAUCAAAGUGGUACCUGAAUGCA